UUCUUUUCCUCGAAUAUUAACUACAUAAAAGUCUGCUAAGUUGGUGCUAUUGAUGUAUGGCAUGUUUUUGUCGUGGUGUGUAGCAAUGGUAUGAGUUGUUAUUAUUACAACAAUGCAGAGUAAUUUUGUCAGAAAGUCAGACUCAGCAUCGAAACCACGGAUCAGAUCGUCUGACAGUGAAUCAAAACAGCUGAAAGUUCAAACUAGAAAGAUUCCUUACAGAGUUGGAUACAACUGGAACAAAGGAGGGAGGCUCAAGGAGCUGAGGAUAAGGCACCUGGCUAGAAAAUUUCUGAAGCUAUGGAUGCACAGGACAUUUGGACGAGUCCUUCCCCAGGAAGCAAGGGUCCACUAUACUUGGACAGUCCUGAGAAGAGCUUUUGAAGGAUGGAGGGACGAGUGGUGGACAUCCAGGAGGGAGUGGAGUCUUACAAUGAGGGCAGACUGCCAUUAUAGAUAUUACUUGUGUACAAGAACUUUACACAGAUGGAGAGCUUUUAUAUCUUUGCAAAGGGAGAAAAACACUAAACUGCAGGAAGCUCAGUUAUUAGCUGACAGGCGACUGAUGCGUUUGGUUUGGGAUAAAUGGAAGGUUUUUAUUGAGAUGAAGAGAAUGCACAGACGAAUGCUUGGAUCAGCUCUUGAGCACAAGAGACUUUCGAUGAUAAACUCAGCAUGGAAUCUGUGGCAGACGAGGCUGCAGCAACAACAACAACUUCACAUUUUUGAGGACCAAGCACUGAAGCAGAGGGCUCUGAAGUUACAGAGCAAGGCUUGGCUAGUGUGGAAAGAGAUGUAUAGAACUGCUUGUCAUGAGAGGGAGAACGAAUCUAAAGCGGCUCUUCAUUUUAUUGUAAGGCAGAAAAAACAACUGUUCUGUCAAUGGAUAUGUUAUGUGUCCCAUCGUAAGACCAAGAAAACAGCACAAGCUGCAGCUCAGCAUGCCUGUAGUCUGCACCUGGGGAGGAACUGUUGGAGUAAAUGGAGAAACGCUCUGAAUCAGAGACUGACUGAAGAGAUCUGUUUGCAAGCUGCCAGUCAUUUGGCUGUUCGGAGCACCCAGCGCAGAGCUCUGGAGCGCUGGAAAGCUUAUGUGAAACUGUGCAGAGAAAAUGCUGAACGAAAUCAGACGGCAUGUCAGCAUUUCCAUAAUCGAUUAUUGCAUGCUGGGUUGCAGGGAUUUUCACUUAAUGUCGUGCAGAACAGAGCCCGCAGACUAAACAACAACAUGGCUGUCCAACACCAUCAGCAAACUAUGAUGAGUAAGUACUGGAAACAAUGGAAGGAGCGCCUGGAGGAAGCUGAAGAUCAGAGCUUUCAACCUUUAAGUGGGAUGGCUCAGACAAACUACAGGAUUUCUUUAUUGAGGAGCUGUUUUCACCUCUGGAGAGAGAAACUUGCUCAACAAAGAUGUAUGCAGGAUAUGGAGCUCCGAGCAGACGUGUGGUUUGCUGAUUGUAAAUUACCUCAAUAUUUCAAGUCGUGGCUGGAGUUCACUCUGCAGAGACAACUGCAAGAACAGAGAAGACGCAAAGCUGAAGCCUUCAACUGUCAGCGUCAGUACUCCUGGGUGUUUUACACCUGGUGGGGACAGUCAGAGAAGCACAAGGAGGAGAUGCUGUCUGAGCAGAUGGCAGUCCUCCACGAGGAGCGACGUCACCUACGGAGAGCUUGGAUUCAGUGGAGGCAGCACACACGACAACGGAUCGAGGAGGCACAGAAACAGGAGGCGUCACGCUGUCUUUACGUUCACAGGCUUCUCCACAAAACGGUGACACAGUGGAAGAAGAACACCACAGAGAUACAGGACCGGAGACGCAGAGAGCUGCAGGCUUGUCAUCGGGGGGACUUGUGCUGCAUGAGAUCAGCUGUAGAUAAAUGGAAAAAGUUUGUUCAGGAGCAGAGAGAAAAGAAAAUCAGGCUGACAAAGAUUCAAAGUUGCCAUGAAGUUAAACUCCUCAAACUCUCCUUCACGGCUUGGAAGGUACAACAUAUACAGAUGACUCAGAUGAAUGAACAAGCAGAAGAAUGUUACAGGCAGAAAACACAGCGGUUUCUCAGGAAAGUUUUUACUCGGUGGAGACAAAAGGCGGCGCUGCUGGUCGAGGUUCAGAUGGCAGAGCAACAAGCCCAGAACCACUUUCAGAGAUUUCUUCAACUUAAGGUGUUUGUUGGUUGGAGAGAAGCAACAACACGUGCAGUGUCAAAGCGCCACCAGCAGGGGGCAGCACUCAGCCGACUUCAGCGGACAAUAAAUCAAAUUUGCCUGCUGCGAUCAUUCAGAUGCUGGAGGAAACACACCAGAGAGGCUCGGAGGCAAAGGAUAAACAUGGAGAAAGCCAGGCGACAUCACUGCUGCACACUUGUCUCUAAAACUCUGAAAGUGUGGCGCAAAUAUCACCACCAGCACCAGAGAAAAAGAGUAAUGAAGCGGCAAGGAGUUGUUUUGCUGAGACUAAAGAUGUACCAGAAGUACUUUGAGCUGUGGAAACUGAAGCUGCAGCACAGGCGGAGAGAGGCCCACCAGACGGAACGAGCUCUCUGGCUCUGGUCGCUCACCCUUCAGGCCAAGGUGUUGUCUGGGUGGAGGCUGUGGGCUGCAGAGCAACGCAGCAAGCGAGAGCAGGCAUCCAGAGCGGCUCAGGUCUACAGAGACCGGCUGCUGAGGGAGGGCGUGUCGUGCAUCCUCACAUAUGCAGCACACAUGAGUGAUCUCACAACGAGCCUAACACAGUUCAGCCAGGAACAAAGAUCGCAGCGUCUCCAGAGAGUCGUUAAACGUUGCGCCUUGAGGUGGAAGCAGCGGGCGCUGUGCAGACGACGAAAAGAGCAGGAAGUCGGACAGCUUAAGAAAAGCGUGACCUUCUGUUUGACCGAGCCUGCUCUUGGCAGCAUCUCCUCGUCUGGCUCAGAGGAGCAGAGAGAUGAUGCUCCAAGCAGGCAUACCAAAUAUGAACCGGACCCCGCCUGCUCUGAAGCAGCUCUGAACCCCUUUGAGUUUAGCUGUCCUUCACACCAAGACCCUGCCCCAUCCAGUUUACUCAUAUCUACUGUGAUACUUUCUGGACCUCAAAGAUCCAUUGCUGUCUCACCUCUAGAGCUUGAAAACCAGGAUGUUCUACUGCCUCCAGCUGCUUUUAUGACACCAAAGACUCAGAGAACAGUCUCAACUUUGAUACAACCUCCAUCAGCUUUUACAGACUCCAACCUGAGAGCCAUCAGAAGACCAUCUAAGGAUCCUCGUGAAGAAAACGAAUCAUAUUCUGCAGAAUCAGCUCUGACACAAGAGCUUCUCAGCAUUCAGCGAGAUAUGAAGAGCUUCCAGCAGAGCAGAAAGCAGCUCCGGGCAUGGCGAAAGCUGAGAGAGGUGUUGCAGAGUUGGCUGCAGACGAGUGCAGAGGAAGAACAAAUGGAAAAAACUGCAGUUUGUGAAGAGCUGAAGGAGCUGGAGGAGCGCAUUAACAGAUUGUCCGCUGAGCUGGAAAAACUGAAACCAACCAUGCUGCUUCACACCGAGAGAAUCCAACAUUUACAGUCUGUCCUCCACACCUCAGACGUUCAUCCUCCCUGCUCAAAAUCAACAGACAAGGAAACCAGCAGCUGUGUGUUUGCAAUAUGACCGGAAACGACUUUUAUCUCACUCACCUGCUUGUUGUUAGGACCGUUACACCUCUGUCACGAUUU